CUCCUCUCAUACCCGAUGGCCGCUGCCACCCGUAUUCCGCCUACCCUUCCCGAGUGCGACGACUACGACGGCGCCAUCCUCCUGGACAUGCGGUGCUACAUGGCCGACCUUCACAACGCCACCACCGCAUCGGGCGCCACGAGCAGAGGCCUGCCGAUCCAGGUGACCUUCCGCAGCGCCCGCCCGCCGCUCCUCUCCUACUUGUGCGUCCACUGCCCCGGCCUGAACUUCCUCCGCACAUCGCCCAUGGUUGUCGCCACAGACGCCGACCUCGUGCUCUUCCGCAUCCCCAGCAACAUCAACGCGUCCUUUGAUGCACAAGCUUGGGACUACUUCUUAUACAGGCCGCGAUCCCAUCACCUGGAUCUGCUCCCUAACCCGUACCCCGUGUCCUUCCGCGACUCUGAAACUGCCCUCCUCAGCCGCCAAGACGGCUCCUGGUACGCCGUCGCCGCCAUCAGCAGUUGGCGCCCAGUGUACGAGGCUAACAGCAACUUGAUCAUCAGGUGGGAUUUCUGCCUCCACCUGUACCGCUCCUCGGAUUCAGAGGGGUGGAUCACCAUGCCCAUGUCAUUGGAGGAGCUUGUGAGGGACAAGCUUGUCCCGUUACCUGGCGAUGUUGCGGAGGAAGUGCCGUACCACAAGACAUCCAAGACGCUCACAAUUGGCGGUGAGCGCGGUACAGUCGCCUGGGUAGACCUCUGGCGUGGCAUCCUCUUCUGUGACGUGCUCGGGGAGCGACCAGUUUUUCAAGACAUCCCACUACCCAUGCCAGCAAGGGGAAACUGGGGUCGUCUCCUACGGCAGUGUGAGCCCAACUAUAUUCGGGAUGUUGAUAUCAGUCGACACAAAGACACUAUCAAGUACAUUGAGAUGGAAAUCUGGCCAGAAAGAAAGGAGACGAAGGCCCCUGAUAACUAUUUGGAUUGGGUGCGCUGUAAGUCAAACAUCACCCAGGUCAUCCCUGCUGGAUGGAAGGCCAGAACAUGGAUCAUGCCAAUACCGGUUGGUUCAUACACAGACUGGCAGCCUGACUAUGAGGUUGAAGUCCAAGAUAUCACCAUGGAUACCAGCUGCGACCCGCAUCAGAAGAACCUGCUGUCUAAGCUGACCGGCAGCAACACCAUGCCAACAUUGCAGAAAUUUCCUAUGGCAUACCCCACCAUAAGCAUAGAUGAUGAUAUUGUCUACUUUGUUUACAGUAACAACCCAAGGCACGUGGAAAGAUUUGAGUUGGUGAUUGCUGUUGAUCUAAGGAACAAAACCCUGCAAGGAGUAGCUGAGAUUGAUGUCCAGAAGUGCAUUAUCAUGCCCGUCUUCUGCACCAGUGAGAUCUGCAGAUAUUUGAGGAAGAGUACAGGCACACCAGAAGAGCUUAAAAGAAGUGAAAAGGAAGCUGUUAAGCCAACUCACAAAGAAGACUCUAAACCAACUGCGGUGCAUGUGAAAGGAACUGGCCUACAGAAGGUGGCUUGUGAAUAAGAGGGUACUGGAUAUUGUCGAGCUGCUAGAUGCGACCUGGUGAGCAGAUGCAGCACGCAGAAAUUAGCGAUCAAGGAGUCUGUUGAAUUAAUUUAUGAAAAUUAUGCUAAAAAUCGUUAUCUGAUUCAGGCCCGGUCCGGAGAUUUGGGGGACCAAAAAUCGUUAUCUGAUUCAGGCCCGGUCCGGAGAUUUUGGGGUCCCGAGGCGAAAUAAAAUAGGAGACUUUAUAUAAACAUCAAAAUAAUCGAUAUAUGCCUAUAUAAAA